GUUGUCAAGGAAUGGUGAUUUUUUAUGAUAAUCAAUAUGCCUGGUGGGUUUCUCGAGAUGAAGAGAAAAUGCUGUAUUGGGGUGGAGCGACUUCUAGAAGAAAUAAUUACUGCGCUUGCGGAGAGACAGGUCAAUGUGCUGAAAACCUCUACAAAUGCAAUUGUGAUAAGAACGACGUCGGCACCAUCAGGGUGGACGAAGGAUUCCUGACCGACAAGACCAAGUUACCGGUUAAGGAAAUAAGAUUCGGCGACAUGGGGGAUAAUGGAGAAAAUGGAUGGCACACUCUUGGCAAAUUAGAAUGCAUAGGUUAAAAACUCGAAACCGACGGAAAACUAAGAACACUGAUUUACAUUACAAUGAAUUUCUUUUUUUUAUUUGUUCAUAUAUUUCAUAUCGCUUACAACAAGACAACGGAUAAGCAACCCCUAGCACAUGCCAAGAUACUGUUUUGGAUUAUAAGAAUAUUUCCGGUUGUUCAUAUCCUAUCGGAAGUAUUUCAUCGGUAAAUAUCACGAAUUAAUUGUUUUUUUGAAGCGAAUCGAAAAUUAUUCUAUCGGGAAAUAUCACGCUCAAAUUAAGGCAAACUUUUUCGUCAUGUCAACGCUGAAAAGUAACUGUUGAAAGAGUCGAGAAAUGUUUAAAUAGCAUUUCACGUAGUUCGAUACUGUUAAAAGGUGUCAGUUGUUAAAUGUUAAGUAGUAUUUCGUCUUAACUUCUGUUACUUUUGCGUUGCUUUAUUACCACCCUGUAGUUUGCUUUUGAAACGACUCGAUGCGGACUUAAUGAUAAUUUUUCAGAACUUCAACUCGUGCAAAUUAUGUAACGUUUGUGAAUG